AUGCGUCUUUCUGCGGUUCUUUUGCCCGCGGUUAUUGGUAGAGCCUUUGUUCAGGCCCUAGAUGACGUGGAGACUACUGUAUUGAGUGGAAUUCCGGAGGCUCAGUGCCCUACCAAGGCUGCCAUUGGCGACCUGGUCACCGUUGAGUACGUUGGAAAAUUGCUGGCGGAUAAUUCUACGUUUGACGCUACGAAGGAAUCUGAUGGUCCCUUCAAAUUUGUUAUCGGCAGUAGUCAUAUUAUUCCUGGUAUGGAAAAAGGUAUAGUUGGGAUGUGUAUUGGUGAGAAGCGCAGCAUGAAAAUUCCAAGUAGUAUGGCAUAUGGUGAAAGAGGAUUUUUCUCAGUCAUCCCUCCAAAUGCUGAUCUGAUUUUUGAUGUUAGAUUGAUCGAUGCUGUCUCCUCCAAGACAGACUGA